AUGGUCGUGGCCAAGCUGGUAAGCACGUCACCCCUCAUUGUAAAUUUGUUCAACAUCAUUCCGGCAAUAGAUGAACUUACCUUGCAUUUCACAGGUUAUAACAGAGGACUCAAGCAUGAUUAUCCUCAACUCUACGAGUUCAUUGAGGAGUACGGAAAGAAGAACUGCCGCGUAGCAUUUGGACCUGACCCGGGAAACUUUGUUGUUUUCGUUCCAGAGACGGGCAAGGCGAGAUGGAAGCACAAGCGGAUCGACAGGAGUAGAGUGCUUAAGAGCACGAGACGCGUGAAACAUUGCUCUCUCGGGCAAAACGAUGCCUAUGUUGUCCUAUGGGCUGAUGGAACUGUCACUUGGGAUAUUGAAGACAACUACCCAGAGCUAGACAAGAUCCUCGAAGACACCAGCCAAGGAGAUGUUGUGGUAUGUUGA